AUGACAGCCGCAGCAUCAACUAACAACAUGGACAGCCUCGAAAAGUCCCUUUGCGACUUUACCGGCUCCACCCCACUCGAUCAACGCUUCCGCUCCCUCUUCACCAUCAAGGGUCUCGCAGCCACAUCCGAUCAGCACAUGCAACGAGCGAUCUCGAUCAUCUCCCACGCCUUCUCUGACGACUCUGCGCUGCUCAAACAUGAGCUCGCCUACGUACUCGGACAGCUGGAAGACUCUCGUGCGCUUCCGACAUUGAAGCGCAUCCUCGAAGACGGUGAUCAGGAUGCGAUGGUUCGACACGAAGCGGCGGAAGCGAUGGGAGCUAUUUCCGAUCCCUCGGUUCUGCUGGUCCUGGAGCAGUACCGUAACGACUCGGACGUGAGCGUACGCGAGACCUGCGAGUUGGCCAUUUCCAAAAUCACCUUUGACAACUCGGACGAGGGUCGAGCACUCAAGGCGUCGAAAGCAUCGGCAAGGUUGAAGCAGGAACAGUCGGGUUCCCACGGUGUAGAGUCCGCAUUUGCACCCAUCGACCCAGCUCCUGCCAUGACUUCCUCUGCUUCGAGCAAGGAAGCUGCAAAAUCCGAGGCUGAAGGACAGAGCUACACUGCCGACCAAGUACCACUCUUCCAACAGACGCUUUUGGAUACCAACCUCUCGCUGUUCGAAAGGUACAGAGCCAUGUUCGCGCUUCGAAACGUCGCACACGGUGGCGGAGAAGGAGCGGUCCAGGCAGUCUUGGCAUUGGCGAAAGGUUUGAAGGAUGGUUCUGCGCUGUUCAGGCACGAAAUCUGCUUCGUCUUUGGCGAACUCUGCCACCCCGCUUCCAUCCCUAGCAUGCUGAUGGUGUUGGACGACAGCACCGAACACGAAAUGGUUCGUCACGAAGCCGCAGAAGCACUUGGUGGGAUCGUAGAGGAAGGUGAAGAGGACGGUAAGAAUGGAGACGGUGACUUUACAAAGGUACUCGAGACGCUGCAAAAGUGGGCACAAGACGGUGAGGCGCCAAGGGUCGUUAGGGAGAGCUGCAUCGUGGCGCUGGACGAGUUGAAGUACAACAACGAUCCGACUCAAUUCCACCGCAUCGAGGCGCCCACCGCCGUCGCUGCAUAA